CUAAAGUUUUCUUUUGUAUUAUUACACUUUGAAUAAAAGAUUUUAAAAAGGAGAGGGCAGACACAGCCAGCCCUAGUUGUGACACACAUACCCCAAACCUUCUAAUUAAGCACAAUGCAUGGUGUAGAGUUUGAAUAUGGGAAUGAGGAUGAAGCUAGACGGGUUAAGGAGUGGUGUGCGUGAAAUUGUACCACGAACAGCUACAGACGUCAAGUUUAGGGAAUCCAUACUCAUUGGGAUUACAAAAUUGAAUCUUGCCCAAGUGAGGGAAUUCAUAGCUAAAAAUGAAGACAACUAUAAGGGUGAUGAUUAUGACGUACUUGAGAAGAACUGCAACCAUUUCUCCAACGACCUAUGUUACAAGCUUACCGGGCAGAAAAUCCCAAGCUGGGUGAACCGGCUUGCAAAGCUAGGUUCGACGUUGAAGUGUGUGCAUUGAUGACAAAACACUCUGUAAAGGAAACGUGAACCCGCCGCUCUACAUUACCAAUUCACGCAGUUGUGUGAUUUAAUAUGCUUGUGUAUCGAAUGCUUAAAAAGAGCAUGCAAUAACAACACUCUCUUAUGAUCAUAUGUAUGAUAAACUAUCUAAGGGCAUACUUCUAUAUAUAGCCAUUAAGGGCAGUACACACUACAAUGCAAUGACCAAUAUAUGAGAGUAUCAUUACAUGCGUUGAGAAUAAGCCAAAUGAGGAGUGUAUUAUUAGCUUCUUGAUUUUAAUAUGCUGAGGAUAAGCCUAUGUUGAUCUAAAUCAUAAAUGUCAAGUUGAGCUUUUCGUUGAGAGGGAUCGCUACAGGGGAGGAUCUAUGUACGGGCUAUGGUAGGCUGAAGCUCAGGGCAACUUAGAAAAUUUUCAAUUUUUUUAGUGUGAAUUUUUUCAUUUUUCACAUUUAGCCCACUCAUCUAAUAUUUAAGCCUAGUAUAAUUCUUAUUCAGCCCAGGACAUCUCAGAUUCCUGGAUCCGCCCCUAGAUCGCUAGCUUCCUGUAUAACAAUAUGCUACCUCUGUCC